AUGGCACGCAAGGCACGGCAGAGGAUUAGCUAUGUCCUGCCUCUUGCGAACUCAGCCGGUGGUCACAGACUCGGCGUUAACGGACUCGCGGUGGACAGUGAUAAUUCGAUAUUAUAUUCCGGUGGCCGAGAUGGUGUGAUAUGUGCUUGGGACCUUCACCUAGAUCUCAAGCGUGCAGUACUUCCCGAGCACGAUGCGAAACUCGAGAAGCCAGCAGAUACCACCUGGCGACAGCAAGUACAGGCGCAUACCCAUUGGAUCAACGAUAUAGCGCUCGCACAUUCGAACCAAGCACUCGUGUCUGCAUCCUCCGACAUCACUGUCAAGGUAUGGCGACCCGCGGCCACGGACCGCAUGCCACCACAAUCGAUUGGCCUACACAGCGACUAUGUCAAGACUCUUGCAGUGCCGUCAGUGCACGCCGACUGGAUUGCGAGUGGUGGGCUUGACCGGAAGAUCUGUGUAUGGGAUCUGAGCGGUGCUGGGCAGAAGCUGAGUAUAGAUGUUGGCAACGAUGAGGCCGGUAGUCUGUCAAGCAAAGAGAAAGGCAGCGUAUAUGCUCUGGCGGCGACGAACAAUGUCCUGGCAAGCGGUGGACCAGAGAGUACAGUACGUGUAUGGGAUGCGAGAUCAGGCAAGCGGAUCACAAAGCUAGCGGGACACACGGACAACAUCCGAGACGUCUUGGUCAGUCAAGAUGGUAGUACUAUCAUGACGGCGAGCAGCGAUCAGACCGUGAAGGUGUGGAGUACAGGUGCUGGACGGUGCAUGUACACUCUCACGAUGCACGAUGCUAGCGUCUGGUCAUUGUUCUCAUCGGACCCGGAUCUUUCUGUCUUUUACUCCAGCGACAAGAGCGGACUGAUUGCCAAGACCGACACGCGCGACGUCAUUGAACUUGAUGAAGGAGUGUCAGUAGCUCUUGCGCAGGAGCAUGAAGGCGUACACAAGAUAGUUGCUGCUGGAGACUCGAUCUGGACCGCUACCAGUCGUCCCAGCAUAAACAGAUGGCGAGAUAUCAACACUGAGCAUGCUGAGAUUGAAGUGCCACGAGGCUACAGCAGACACAGAGGAAGCACUUCAACUCCUCAGAUCAGAUACCCCAGCCCACCGAACCAGCAACCGAAUACGCCUGUGACGAACGGCAGCGGCAAGCGAAGCCUUCCACUAAAGCAUAUGUUGAAACUCAGCAAUACCACCUACUUUCCUACCCCAGCGCCAGUGGAGGAGGAGCACGCACCUUUACUUGGCGAUGAUGAUGACGACAAGGAGCAAUCUGCACCCAUUGAGAUAAUUCCGGGUCAGCCCGUACGAAUACAGCCAGAGCAUUCUGUAGAAGGCCAGAAUGGGCUGAUCAAGCAUGUUAUGCUCAAUGACCGCAAACGUGUCUUGACAGUGGAUACUGCAGGCGAAGUUCUGAUGUGGGAUCUGCUCAAGUGUGUACCAAUACGAUCUUACGGAAAGCGCCAUUUGGAGGACGUCAGAGAUGAAGUUACGACUGAUGCAACAGUGGCAAACUGGUGUUCUGUUGAUACACGGACUGGUAGUGUCGCAGUCAUACUGGAAGAGAAUACGUGCUUCGAUGCCGAGAUGUACGCGGAUGAGCUGGAGCUGGACGAGGACAUCGACUUCCGAGAAGAUCAGCGCAUCAAUCUUGGUAAGUGGGUGCUGCGAUACUUGUUCAGCAACCUUAUUACGGAGGAGAUACGACGCGAUACGACGUUCCGGAAGCAACUGUUGAACACAAAGGAGGAACAGCAACGACUGCAGCGGGAGAACGCACCAACGAGCAUUCAGAUGCCAUCGGCUGAUCUUAAUGGCUGGCAAUCAGGGUCGGCUGUGACAGAUUCGGCCACCACACCAAGAGCAAUGAACGGUGCUGGUAGGGCGCUGAACACGCCGGGCUUCAAUAUCGGGCUAGCUUCGCCCGGCGCCUUCGACUCACCGGUGAGGACUACAAGUGGUCCUCUGCUCUCAUCUGCAGCUCACGAGGGUGCCUCGCUUGAGAAAGUGACUUCACACCAGUCAGUAGGUCAACCACGACACUCUACUGAUAGAAAUAGCGAUUACUUCUCUACUUCGCGUCUACCAACUGCGGAGCUCCUGACUCCAGGUGGCGUGAACAAGCUCCCGCCCGUGACCCCAAGCGAGGGCGCAGACGAAGCCACCACGCCAUCAGCAGAAGCUCCCGCUAACAAGGACACGCCCUCCAAAGGUCUCUUUGGUAAGAAGUUCCGGACUGGUAUGUCAUUCAGCGGCAUGAAGAAGAUCGGUAGGAAUUCCACCAUGGAGAAAGAGAAGCCUGUUGUUGUUGAGGAGAAGUCCGAGACGGAGAGCGACUCGAGAUCUAGCAAGACAAGUAACAGCCGAGUGGUCGACGAUAAUCUUCUUGGUACGGUGCAGAAGAUCCGCUUUGCUUACGAGGACUCGUUGCAAGCACAAUUGCAGAACCAGCAAGCGCAUGAGAACGGGUUACCUGUACCUGAGCCUGGACCGAUCGAUUUGCCAUCUUCUAUCACACCAGCACUACCGGCAGAGACUCCGGUCCUCAAGCCACCGCUCAACACGACUAUUCUCAUCCAAGAGGAUCGACCUGAAGCGGGUGGCGUCGCUGAUUUGUUCGAAGGUACUGUUGGCACCCUGGCCGAACAUCUCGACAGCCUUGAGCGAGCAGCGCCGAUGUGGCUAGGUGAUGUACUCCUCCGCAACCAGGUCCCGAUCAAGGACAUUGUCAAGAUUAGCUUCGUGCUAGAGCCAUGGGAGAAUUCCCUCCCAAGUAUAGCAAGCGAUGGCAACAAUCGACUGAAUGCGAACCGCAUGCUGCGUGCGAAGAAGAUCUUGGCGUAUGUCGCUGAGCGUAUUGAGCCUGGACCACCAGCAGAUCAGGAAGCGGAUCCUGAUGCGUUGAAGCCGGAGGAGUAUCUUGAGCUUUGGUGUCAGAAUCAGAUUGUGCCCGUGACCAUGACUCUGGCCACUAUACGCUCGCACCUCUGGCGCGGAGGCGGCGACAUCCUACUCUACUACAAAGCGAACGGGAAGAAAGAAAUCAAGCAUAUCCCUCUGGCGUCUGCGAUACCUAUUGCGCCUAAGCCGGCUGUUGCCCCUGGUGCGGCUACAGCAUAA